AUGAGCAAACUCGACAGCUAUUCUUUGCUGAUUGUCGCGAAGUACUUUUUAUACCGAUGCGAUUUCAUCAAUGUUAUUUGUGUAUGCAAAAAGUUCAAAGAAACACUUGAAAAGUUUCAUUACAACCCGAUUCCCAUCACAUCGCAAACGCUCUUUCCUCGAAUUGAAACUCAAUACCUCUACUCCAAAAACGACCGACACAUCCCAUUUGUCGAUCUUUUUGCUUACGACUAUCCACUCACAUACACUGAGUAUCUUGAUAAACAAAAGCAAAUUCCAAAGCCAAAGUGCUACAAAGUUUCAUUAACAGCAAGUGAACUCAACACGUUCAAAACUCUACCAAAGGAAGUUUCCAUCAUCACCAAAAAUUGUUUUGAAAAUUCGCAGUUCGAUACAUUUGUUCUUCCUUCACAAGUGAAUAAGAUAGAACCAUCGGCAUUCCGAAGUUGUCUCAAUAUGACGCAGUUCACCUUCUCAGACAUCAAAAGUCUUCCUUUGUUAUGCUUCGAGUCAUGCACCAAACUCAAAAAUUUUGUGAUAAGCUCAUCAGUGACUUCAAUUGGCUCGGGUUGUUUCUUUAAUUGUAUGAGUUUGACAUCUAUUGUUAUUCCAGAGAACGUCGAAGAGAUCGGCUUCCAACUGUUUGGGUAUUGCGAAGGGUUGAAGUCCGUUGUUAUUAGGUCGCCAGUCAAAAAUGUUCCAUUUGCACUUUGCAAAGACUGCAGCGCACUCACAAAAGUUGUUUUAAAUGACGACAUCACACUGUUUGGGGAGAAGGCGUUCAUGAAUUGUACCUCUCUCAAGUCACUCAAAAUACCGUCGAAACUGAAUUGUCUCAACGGCGAGUGUUUUAGAGGGUGUGUCAGCCUUGAAAGUCUUUUGUUACCUUCAGCCAUGAUGAACAUUUCAACCAACUCGUUUUGGGGGUGUUCCAACUUAACAAGUCUGAAUUUCCCAACAAACAACUUUGGGGAGUUUUGUUGCGAGUUGUCGUACAGCGAGUACACUACUUUAAAGUGUAAUAUACCGAAAUGCAUCAAAAUGUUUUAUAACUUCGAAGAAAAGGAUGUCGACGACACAAACUCGAUGAAUGGAGAAACGUCGUUUAAGAGCGACAGGUUGUCGAUUCCAACCGUUUGCAAUAGAGUAGGCAAUGGAUGCUAUCAGGCAAAUGCCUAUCUGAAGAACAUUGUGCUCCGAGACGGUAUAGAGACAAUUGGGGAAAAAGCGUUUGCGUCAUGCCCUCAUUUGAAAAAUAUAUAUUUGGCAACUUCAUUGACAAGAAUAUCGUCAAACGCAUUUGAAAAUAACAUAUUUCUGACUUCGAUGACCAUCCCAAGCUCCGUCAUAGAAAUUGAAAAAUGUGUGUUUAAAGACUGUGUUGGACUUCUUUACGUCGAAAUGAGAGGCGUCAGUAACAUACGACAAAACGCCUUUUGCAAUUGUGUCAAACUCGAAACUAUAAUCGCGCCAAGACUUCAAAAUGUGAGGAAAAACGCGGUACUGUUGUGCGACAAAUUGACUUCAUUGCAAUGUAAUGAAGAGGCAAACAUACAAGCGACGUACUUUGAAAAUCGGAUAUACAAGAAGUUGGGAAAUUACGUGAAUCAAGUUGUUAUGACUAAAAAAUGUGUUUCAAAUAUCAUUAAAGACAAACAAGAAUUUGAGGUACCACAGGAUGUUACAUGUGAGUUGUGGAGGAAAAGCAUGAGCGGGGUGAAAUCCAAGAAAUUAGUGAUUCCAUCGAAUGUGACUCGUAUUCGAUCACACGCAUUUUACAACAACACUACACUAGAGAGUCUAACAAUCUUUUCUACAGUUCGGAAAAUAGGUCGAGAGGCUUUCAUGAAGUGUAAGCAUCUUCGUUCUAUUGUAUUUGAAAAUGGCAAUGACAUUGUGUUCUCUCGAAAUGUGUUUAUCGACUGUUUCAACAUUGAAGAAAUUAAAGGGCUGACGUGUUAUAACGGAGCUGUUAGUGUCCAAGAGGAACAAAUGUUUCAUCAGUUUAAAAUAGCGUGCCCAGUCAUCGACUACAUUUCAUCGGACUUUGAAAUGUACCCGGUCCCACCUCCAAAUUUAAAAACACUUUCCUUCGUUGCGCCGAAUCACGCGAAAAUUUAUGUCAUGCCAAGAAGUGUCACAAAACUCCACAGAAGUGCUUUUCAAAAGAACGAGAUACUCGAGAAAGUGGUGUUGAGUCGGAAUUUAUCCACAUUUGAGAAAACUUCGUUUACAGAGUGUAAAGCACUUCUUGGAAUUGCAAUUCCCUCGAACGUCAGUAAAAUCCCCAAAUUCUGUUUCAACUUCUGCUUCUCAAUGAAACACAUAGAGAUUCCAAACACUGUUGUAACAAUAGGGAAGUUCGCGUUUAACAGCUGCUCGGAAUUGAAAGAUGUUGUUAUUGGAAAUUCAGUAACAACGAUUGGGGAAGGUGUGUUUUAUAGCUGUUUCUCGCUCACGCGCAUCAUAUUACCUCAGAACAUUAAAGAACUUCCCAUGCUCUCAUUUUUCUCGUGUUUGAACUUGAAAGAAAUAAAUCUGCCAAAUGGAAUCACUCGGAUUUGCAGUGAAGCGUUUUUGGAGUGCUACAGUCUGUCUCAAGUCAAUAUCCCAGACACAGUAAAAGUGCUUGAAAGAAACUGUUUUAAGAGAUGUUAUUCGCUCGACUCAAUCGACUUGAAUAAUGUUGAAAUCAUAGAAACAAUGUGCUUUUCAUGUUGUCGGGGGUUGUGUCAUGUUAAAAUACCUCAAACUGUCACACAGAUAGGAUAUGGUGCGUUCUUGGAUUGUAUCAAUGUAGAGAGUGUCAAAGUAGAAAGUUCGGUGUUUUUGAUGUUGGGAAUUUUUGAGGGAUGCGAAAAAUUGAAAAAUAUUAGUAUUGAAGAGAAAGGAGUGAUUCAACUGAGUCACACAAUGUGUCAAAACAUUCAACAUUUUACUGUAGAAAAGUCUAUAAACCGAUGUACUCAUAAUGAAAAUGUGUGUAUUUACGAAACGGGUAAGCUUAUUGAUGUUCUGACUCGAAAGGAUAUAGAAGACAACAUCUCAGCAAGUUACACAGUUCCACCUGAGAUUGAUGAAAUAGGGGAGUUCUGUUUUUCGGGGUUUGAUCUUCUCAAGACGGUACAAGUUGGUAGAAAUGUAAAACGAAUACAAAAGCGAGCGUUUUACGAUUGUCCGAAAUUGGAAAGCAUCAUAGAUAUCAAAAUGUUUACCAUCGAAGAUAUCAUCGAAAAGUGCCCUUCUUUUGAGUCACGCUCCUUGUUCUCUAUCAUAAGAAAUUCAGUGUUAAAAAUGCGUGAAUAUAGUUAA